AUGUCAUCCUUUAUGGACACUUUUCUGAAGAGGGAACUUUCCCUGCGAGAGGAGGAGGAUUUGCAGAUCCAACGCGCUCAUCGCUCUCUGGGGCCAAAGCCACAGGAUAAACAUGCCGCUAGAUCCAUUCUAGUCAACUUUCAAAGGUUUGAUAUGAAGGACAAAGUGUUACGUGCAGCCGGGGCGAAGAAGAUCAUCUUUGACGGUAAAGUUAUUACGUUUGCCAAUGACAUGCCCACGGAGAUAAACAAUAAAAUGAAGGAAUACAAGGACAUUAAGAAGUCCCUUAAAGAAGCAAAGAUACGCUUUCAGACACCGUAUCCUGCGAAACAGAGUCCAUUGGGAGGACGGUCCAGCGUGUACAAGACAGCGAAAGAGGCGGCGGAGGACGCGAGGAAGAGAGGCCUUUCUGUGGAGAUCCCCUGCUCUUCGCAUACGGACUGGGAGCAGCAGAACUUCUUCAGCUUCGUCUCCCCCGUUACCAUGCGCCGCCCCCUGCAAUACUCCAGCAUCUGGACAUCGCCUGGCCUCCGCGGCGAAAAUACGUCCAUCGGGGAUCCAGAAGAAUCAACUGCAUUGACACGACGAACCCGAUACCUUCUACGUGGUCUUCCUUUCGCCGUCCGGCGAGGAAGCCUGGCAGGCGGACUGUGGAUCACAGCCUGCUAG